AUGGAACAGGCGGUACCUCUACUGGACGAAACCAGCAGCAGAGGCAACAACGGCGAUCCGCCCACCGAGUCAGUCACACCAGCUGCUUCAAAGUGGGCAACAAGAUGGAAGCAAGUACGAGAUUGGUUGAUACAUAUCCUUUUGCCUGUCUAUGCCCUGCGCCACUGUAAACGCCGGGAAGAGACAAGUCUACGUCCUACGGCAUAUAUCGAUGCACUACGAGGAUGGGCUGCGAUGUUCGUCUAUUUAUUCCACGCCUGGGGAAUGACGCAGACAAUUCACUACAGGUUCUUUCAGUUACCUUUCAUUCGAAUCCUCUUCUUCAGCGGUGGUGGUAUGGUGGCUAUCUUCUUCAUUAUUUCCGGUUACGUCCUCAGCUACUCAAUGCUCAAAAUGAUGCGAAAUCACGAAGCAGAGCGGCUGCUUAACAGUCUGGCCUCAUCGAUAUUUCGACGCUACCUCCGACUAUAUGGGUCGAUGGGCAUUGCCUCCUUCGUCGCAUUUUGGGAAGUCCGGCUGCAAUGGUGGAUUCCACCCCAAGUGGAUCGCAAGCCCAGCUUUCUCGCCCAACUCUGGGACUGGAUCUUGGAUCUUGCAAGAGCAAGUAAUCCAUUUGCCGAUAUCAGCGGUUACGCCAGCCCUCCAGGGGUCCUCCGGACAAGAUAUCUACCGCAGAUGUGGACGAUUCCCAUCGAAUAUCGUGGCAGUAUUGUCUUAUUUGUCUUCUGCGCCGCGGCAUGCAAGCUUUCAACCAGGGGCCGAAGGAUCUUUCUCUGGCUCGUCGUCAUGGUCGCCUAUUGCUGGCGUGUCGUCUAUAUCUCCGAGUUCCUCGUCGGCAUGUUCAUCGCCGACCUAUCCUUAUCUCGACACCCCGAGCGCCUGGGAGGACACAUUCCAAUGCAGCAACAGGUCACCGUAGUUGGCGUAGGCGAAACCGACGAGAAAUCGACGACCGAAAAAGGCCAUGGUCUCUCCAUCGCCUGGCGCGUUUGGUACGUCGUCCUUCUUCUGGUGGGCUUGUUCCUUAUCGGCCAGGAGCUCAACCUGGAUCAGAUGGCUCUUCUGUAUUUCCCCUGGCCGUUACUCCACCGGAUGAUUCCGUUCUGGUAUGGCGACGCCUCGUACACAUUCUGGCUGAGCAUUGGCGCCUCGCUCAUCGUCUUCUCCAUCGACUCCUAUCCGACACUCCAGCGACCCUUCAGGUGGAGGCUCUCCCAAUAUUUGGGUGAGAUAUCGUUCGGAAUCUACGCCAUGCACAAACCAGUCUUCCACUUUUUGUUAGAACGUGUUCUAGACCCAUGGCGCGCCCGCCACCUCGGCGAGUCCUUGCCUGCCUACCUCCCUGGUGCAAUCCUCACCACAAUUGCUGUCUUAUGGGUUGCCGAUUAUUUCACGAGGCUCGAUCACCGUGUUAUUCGAUUUGGAAGGUGGUUACAGACCAAAACAUUUACAAAAUGGGCAUGA